CCUAUGUAUAGCAUAUUGCCUAUUUCUGAUCAUGUCUUGUUUGAACUAACAUUCACAAUUACUAGAUCAUGUAUGGCGUCUCCAUCAUUCAUUAGUAUUGCAGCUUUUAUUCAGAAUCUAAGCAGCUAAAAUUCUAAGUGUGAAUAUUUUGCAUUAUUUUUCAGGCCAAUGAUGCACAACUUAGUACAAUGGUUGCUGAGCAGGUUGAGCAGUCACAGGCAGGACUAAAAUCACUAUCCUUAUCCGAAAACACAAUAAAUCAGCUUCGUGAAAACUUUGUCUCUAUUGAGAAGUUAUGUCAGGAAUGCCAAACAUUAAUUGACAACCAUGAUCAGAUAAAGUUACUCAGCAAUGCAAGAAAUAACUUAAACACAACCUUGAAGGAUGUUGAAGGUAUGAUGUCUAUCUCUGUUGAGGCAGCAGAAGCUCGGGAUUCUUUGAGUGAUGACAAAGAAAUUGUCAACACUUAUGAGAGGUUAACUGCAUUGGAUGGAAAACGAAGUUUUGCAUUGGCAGCUGCAGCAUCUCACAAGGAAGAGGUUGGAAGGCUAAGGUGUGUGUCCUUUUUAGUGAACUGUCACAUUCAUGAUUUGGGAAAGCAAUAAUCCAGGAGGGGGCUG